UAAAUUGUAAUAAUCCGCGGCAAACGAAAACUUUGUUUGUUAUUGUUUUGUUUCAUGUCUAUGAUCUCAGGAUUAAAUAGAAAAAAACUAAUCAAACAUAAUGGCUACAGAGGAAGAAAAGCUGCAAAAUUUCCUCGCAGCAUUGGAUGCAGUCAAACAGGACUACACUUGCGGCCAAUGUUCGGAAAUGCUAAAAGAUCCCGUUACCUUGAGUGUCUGUUUCCAUUUAGUGUGUUCCUCUCAUUUCGAAGGCCUAACUCACUGUCCAACAUGUAAAAUCCCUUUAACAAACUGCACUACUUAUAAAGAUGAUGGUUUGAAAGAGACUGUUAACUCGGCACGGGAGCUGGAUAAAAUUUUCCAAGGUUUUCAACGGAGUGUAUUACAGAAAAAAACCUCUAGUGGUACGAGUAAAAAGCGUGGCAAAAACCAAUCGGAUACAUUUACGCCUCCUGAGGUAAGCAAUAAAGGGAAUAAACAAGAAAAAACCAGUUCACCUCAUGUCAAUACAUCUCUUAAAGCUGUUAAAAGUAAGAGACCAGCGGUUAAAAAUGAAUUGAAUUCAACAGUGCUCUCAUCGGCUAGCUCCAUUAAUAAAGGCAAUGAGAAAAAGAACAAUAAGGGUGAGACAGCUCUUCAUAUAGCUUGUCGUUUGGGAAAAGUUGAAUCUGCUGCAGAGUUACUGAACCAGGGUGCUAACACUAAUACAAAGGAUAACGCAGGCUGGACACCGUUACACGAAGUAGUACAGAAUGGUCGACUGGACUUACUUAAGCUACUCUUACAAUAUAAUACGUUGAUUGACGUACCAGGCCAGGGUAAUGAAACACCUUUACAUGAAGCCAUAAGAUACAAUCAUAAGGAUAUUGCCAUUGAAUUGGUCAAGAACGGAGCGAACGUUAAUGCUCGCAAUUGUAAAGGUGAGACACCAAUGCAGUUAGCCUCUGAUGAAAUGAAAAGAGUGCUCAAACAUGCCGAGGAAAAUAUUAUUCAGACCCAAGGCAUAAAUAUAACGUUCAUAUCUGAACUACACUCAGAGUUGGAUUUCGAUGAGAUUAACGCUUUUUGUGUAUCUACGUUUCGCACUGUGCACAAUAAACUCAAACUGCUUGCGAAGCAUCACACAAAUUUACAUGUUGAAGCAAAGUUAACAAAAAAAGUCACUCAUCUGAUAGUGGACGCAGAUGAGAAUGACGUCUGCACAUCAAGUUUGGAGGUUUUACAAGGUAUUGUCAGCGGCAUCUGGAUUAUAUCUACAAAUUGGAUAACCAAGUCGUCACAAGAAAAACUGGAACCAUUCAAAGAUUAUGAAGUACUUGGUGUUGGCACUAAACUUUACAAGGGGCCAAGAAAUUCCCGUUACAACAAAUACAAGCAGCUUCCUGGCAUAUUCAACGGAUGCCACUUUUACUUGCACAACUACAACGUUAAGCAUGAGAUCAGUCCAAUGAUUGUAUUCACAAAAGCCUCGCUAUCAAAGUUGAUUACUGACGCAGGUGGGGUGGUCUUGAGACGGGUUCCUAACCCCGAGUUGAUCCCGGAUGCAGAGAAGCUUGUACCAUAUCAUGCGAGGGAGGGCAGUAAACUUUUCAACUGUUCGCAUUAUAUAAUUUUCAAGGACAUGUAUGAGCCUAUGUAUAAUAUGACACAUAUAAAAGCUCUUCCCAUUGGAUGGCUACUCGAGUGCAUAGAGAAGUAUGAGCUGUGUGAACCCUGGUAAAAAGUUGGCCUUUUCUCUCAUAUUCAUCAUCAUCUUCAUCCACCCAUUACUGGCCCAGGGUAUGGGUUUCCCCUCAGAAUGAGAAAGGUUUAGGCCGUUGUCUAUUGCCAAGUGUGGAUGGGUAGACUUCACACAGCCUUGAGAAUGUUAUGGAGAACUCUCGGGCCCGCAGGAUCCCUCACAAUGUUUAACAUCACCGUUUAAAGCAAGUGAUAUUUAAAUUGCUCAAAUUUAAAACGCACAUAGAUCCGAAAAGUAACACGAAACGCACAUAACACGAAAGGAAAGCCGAAGCGUUACCCACUAGGCUAUCACCGUUGUGUUGUAUUCUAUUAUAUUACAGUGUUGUAAUAUGGGAGAAAACAACUACCUCAACAGUAAAUGCGAAUGACGUCAUUAUAUCUUAUCAAGGUCAAAUUGAGCAACAAAAAUGCUCUCACCAGAAUGCUGAAACACAUGUGGGCUUGCUGAUUGGACUCUGAUUGGACUCAGCGUGUGGUGCAUGCCGGCAUGCUAACUACACUCGGCAUGCUGGCAUUCUCUUAACGGCAUCAGUGUGCGCUGCAAUCAUUCCGUGUGUUUGGCAUGCUGAUAACGUCGAUGCAUGCUGCAACGGUUCGGUGCAAGCAUGCCAUUGACGUCAUAUGUGCGAGCUGCUAUACUUUGGCGUGUGCGGGCAUAUAAUGAAAUAAAUUAUUCCAUACUAUAUCUUAUUGUAUUUUUUUAUUAUUGUUACAAUACCCGCAAUAUUCUAUCGGCACGCUAAUGACGUUAUUAACUCGAGCUACGAUAAAAAUAGUUGCCUACCUAAUAUGUUAUCUUAUUGUAUUUUUUCAACGUUAAGUGAUAUUUAAUUUAAGUUUUUUAUUGAAAAUGUGUAAUAAAAGAAAUUUUAUUAUAAAAAUUCCAUUGAUUACAGUUUUAUUUUCAAUUGUUGUAUGUCAAUAAGUGACCCCAUAAACAUGUAACAGA